AAUAUUACUCUUUUAUUUUUAAGCAAACGAGUUGACAAUAUUUUAAACUAUUGCAAUGAGCUCAAUCCAGCUAGCAGAAUAUGUUUUAUGGAAGUCCAUUAAACAAAAACGCGAAGAUGAAUACGAAAAUCCGGAAUCACUGUAUUCAUUAAGAAAAUCUGACGAGAUUGUAUUUCCGAAUGAGAUGAUUUGCAGAGUCUGCACUAGCCCUGCCGACAUACCUAUCACAGGCAAAAUUGAUGGAAUUAAUAUUUCGAGUGCAAUUAGAACUGUAUCUUACAUUUGGAUAAGCAGUACAGAUUCUUACCCGAAAUAUAUCUGUAAGAACUGCUUAGAAGAACUGAGAGUUGCCUUGGCCUUUAAGAAAAAAUGUGAGGCUUCAGAUUCAUUGUUUCGCCAAACACAAACCAGAAAAGCUUACAACUAUGCCGCCUCAAUCGUGAAGCAUGAUUUCUCCCAAAUCAUUAAUCAAAUGAUGGAAAGAAGAUCCAGCCGGCUUGCUAUUAAGAGAGAACAUGGGAGGAGUAAAAGUAAGAAAGUCAAUGCGUGGGGUCUUAGAGAAACCGAUGUAGGAAUUAAAGACACACCUAUGAAAAUAAUAAAAUGCCAAAGGUGUGACCUCACAUUUGAUUCAAAGGAUUCGUUGAAAGAGCACCGUCUUAAGGAAAUUUGCAUUUGUCCUCCUUGUCCAAUAUGUGGUAAACUUGUCUCCAACUUGGGAAGACACAAGAAAACUGUACAUAUGCGGACUGAGAAGUACACCUGUCACAUUUGUGGCAAAAUAUCCUACACAGCAGGGUCGUUGAGGAAUCACUUGUUAUUACACUCGGACAAAUGCAAUUUCCCCUGCCCAUUGUGUCCAUACAAAGGGAAGCAGCAGGCUUACCUAACUCUUCACAUGAGAAUACACACAGGAGAGAGGCCCUACUUGUGUUCUGAGUGUCCUGCAAAGUUCGUCAACCCGAGCAACCUGAGGAAGCAUCAGCUGACACAUUCUAGUAAAAAGUUUGAGUGUAAUAAAUGCAAGAAACAAUUCCGGUUAAAGAAAUCACUACAGGAACAUUAUGACGCUGCCCAUUUAAAUGUUAGAUACAGAUGCACUAUUUGCGGUCGCGAUUUAUGGACAAGGAGGAAACUGCUGAGCCAUGAGUUAAGAGUGCAUAACCGAGAAAAACAUAAAUUGUAUGAAGUGCAUAAAGUUGUCCUUAAUGAUAAAAAUGAUUGAGUAUAAUGUACACUAUGCUCACAAAGGGCACUAU